GUCGCCUAGCAGGAUGUGCUUGUCGAAGAUGGCGAUCGUGUGUGAGUUUCGCAAACCUGCUGUCUUGUAGGAAUUCAUAUUUAAUUCGCUUUUAUAUCAAGUACUAUAUUUUGUGUUCGUUGGGAGAUCCGGAUUCAGAUUAUUAAAGGUGAGAUUUAACACAGCUUUGCGCUGGAAUAACUUUUCUUUCAACUGGAACCGAAAUGGCCAUGCAGCCUCCUCCUCGAGCUGAACCCCCCGGGGCUGCCGCCCCCCCACCUGUAGGGGUCCCCAAUGCAUUUCGGAGAAACAGUCCUUACAGCAGAAGGGCGAAUGUGCCAGUGUCAGCGCCAGCUGCACCUGUGCCACCAAUGACAGAUCCCUUCGCGUUCAGCAGGCAAACCCCUCAAAACACACCACUGGGAAAUCCUCCCCCGAAGAGCAGCCCUGUCCCUGUGCAAGGACCGCCUCCUUCAAGUUUCACACAGCCUGGCCCAGUCCAGAAUCAGUUGGCACCCGCACAGACGUUUGGUAGUACCCAGGGCCUCCACUCUGUACCGUCAUCAUCGACUGGAGUUAACCUCUUUACCCCAAACAGCUGUGUGGCUCCAUCACCCCUGCCAGGACAUUUUAAUAACUCAAACAGGUUUGUCUCGCCAACCCCUCAUGUUAGAGAACAGGGACAGCUUAACUCCAGAGAACAUUCCCCCUUUAAUGUGCAAGGAUCACAACAGAAUAGCUUUGUCGGUCCUCCUCAUGCUGCAGCCCCUCUCCAGAACAGACCUCCUUACGGACAGGAUAUCAGAGGAGAGCCUAUCUCUUACAAUCCCACAGUACCUAAUGCAAUGUCAUUCCCUGCUCAGAACAUGCAGCCAGCAGCCACUUCAUGGUUGCCUGAUUAUGGCAAUUGUCCACCUUCAUCCCAAAACUACUUUCAGCCUGGUGACCAUCCAACCCAGCAGUUUGGUGUUCCUUUGCCAACUUCAUCUCCAGCUAAUAUACCAUCUCAGACGCCUCCCCAAAACCAGGUGCAUUCAGAACAGCAACCACAGGAUGGGCAACAAAAUAUGACACCUUUCCUAGGUUUUGUUAACAGUCAUCCGCCACCAGACAAAACAGAAGGAAAUAAUCCACCUGUUUCCCAACACCAUAACCCACUAUUUCAAUCUCAAAAUCAUUUCAGUCAAGACUAUGGGUCGUCUAAUACCUGGUUUAACCAGCCACACCAAGAGCAUUUCUAUCAGCAGCCUGGUGCAGCAGAAACCAACUUCCCUCCUACUAAUACUGGACAAGCAGGGCUUCCACCAGAAGGCAACCACAUUCCUUAUGAAUCGGAUACUGGAAGUGUUUCAAUGUUUUUCAAAGGUAAUGAAGUGGAAAAUGAAGAAACUCUGGCAAGUGAGAAGAAAGCCAUGAACAGUGUUCCUGGUGGAGAAUUGUUUCUGCAAAGCCAGGCUCAGCCCCUAGUGGGUGUUGAUGUGGCACAGAAUGCGGCAGUAGUCCAUCAAAGUUUUGAUCAUAAUGUGACCGGCCCUAUUAAUGCAAUGUCCAGCUGUGAAACAGGCCCCUAUCUGAAUGACAGUGCUUUUGUAAGUGAACCGCAAGAGAACGCUGGGGUGCACUUUGAUAAUGUGGAAAACCUGGAAUGUGCACCUAAUCUGGAGGUUUUACCUGGCAACCCACUCAAUAUCCCACCAAUGCCUCAAACUGUUCCUGAAGGUGCAAGGCUUGGACCACUCCCAGGCCAGGGAAAUCCAGUUCCCCACGUAGCUGACAAUUUUGAAGGGGGGCCCAACUUGGAGACUCCAGAUUCUGUACUUGAUCGUCCUGUGCGAUCUGAAAGCGUCUCUUCCAGCUACAGUAAUGUAAGUCAUGGCAGCGCAUCUAGUUCCAGAAGACCACAAGGAGUGGUGGGAACAUUUAUACAACAAGAAAUUGCAAAACCCCCUCAAGAAGUCUCUGCCGGUUACUUUGAGCAAGUUGAUAGUUCCCCUGCAGGAGAUGCAGUCGUACAAAACAUUGCUAACAAUGUGUAUCACAGACAGCUUUCCCAGCCUCCAACACCUAGCCCUCCCAAACCAACAGGAAUAUUUCAAGCUAGUGCUAACAGUUCCUUUGAACCAGUCCGAUCCCACUCAGUUGGAGUAAAACCCGCUGAGGUUGAUCAAGCCAGGAUGGUGAUGGAGAAAAACAGUGGAGCGCAAAGCAAUGCCCCACAUGGGGCUGUGGUUACAGACGCAUCGCCUGGGAAUCUUGAACAGCCACCUGACAACCUGGAAAACAUAUUUAUGCCCACGGGACAGCCACCUGUUGGUAGCACAAAUAAUGUGUUACAACCCAUCAGCAAGCCUACAGUAGAAACAGUUCAGCCACUGCCUGAUAGAAGACCAUCUUCUAGAGCACAUGCUCCACGCUUGAAAUGCGAGAGUCCUGCCACUACCCUGUGGGCACAGAAUGAGGUCAUGCCGCUGAACAUUCUCUUAGCCCCAGCUGCCCCUCCUGUUCAUGUCUUUGUUAAGCAGCCAAGCAUGGAGGUUAUUCAGCCCCCAGAAGAUGGCCCUUUGGAUCAACCAUUGGAGCAGCAGGCUGCCCACAAAACAUUUAUCUCACAAAAGGCUGAUGUGUCUUCAGAGAAUCUUGAGAACCCUCCUCAAGUGGGUGAGGGUGACCAUCUGAAGCAGCAGGCAAGUUUUGGCUAUGCAACCCUGCUGGUCUCUUCACCUCCCACCGAAUCAUUCCAGAAUCAACCGAUCUUGAUUGCCCAUCCUACUCAGAACUGCAGUGUGGUUCCUCCAAAUAAUCCUCCUGUUUCUUUACCUAGUCAAACUCCUCAAGUUAGCCUAAGUGAACCCUUACAAAACCAGGGAGUCGAGGACAUGGCUGUGCCAGUCAGCCAGGCUCCUGGAAUUCAUUUGACUUCUGGAGCCAAUCCAGUUCAACCAGGGUUUUUGUUGAGCACUUCCAUACCUAAUUGUCAACCACAGUUAAUUUCUGUCACACCAAAUUUAUCUGGAAUUGUCAACAAUCAGCCAAUAAACUUGUUAAUUCAGCCGCCAUCUGAUCAAAAUCCCCUUAAUUUAGCACUAGACAGUAAAUGUGGCAUGAAAUCAGCAGUAGAAAACACUUAUGAGUCAGCAAACUGGCCAUCAAAUCAGGCAGUGGCUAAUGAUCCUUCCAAUUCAGCACUUGGUCAAAAGGCGAAUCUUUCUGUGUUGGCUAAUAAUUCUCAAAGCCAGCCUGCUAGUCAACACCAAAACGCUAGCAAUCAUGAACUCCUUGAUUUUACCAUGCCCCGUACACAGGCCAACCAAAACCAAGAUCCUAAUCAAACCAAUCAUCUGUCUUCUGCUGGUUCACAACUGCCUCCGCCCUCACUGCAGGGCUUGAGGCAAGGCACGCAGGCCAAUAAUCCAACAGGUUUUUAUCUGCAGGUUACCAAAGAUGCUCAGCAGUCAGCUGGGACCGGACAGGCACCUCAAAAGCAAACGGCUCCACCUUCACAGCAGACUGCUUUAAACCCCCAGCAGUCAGCUACUCAACCUGGGCUCCAUGUAAGUGAUGGCACACCGCCAUCCCAAAGCGUGCAGGAUCCAGGACCUCAAAACAGCCAGUACCCACAGUCUUUUCCUAUGGUACCUGGGCCUCAAGGAAUGGGAGCUCCUAAUCCACCAAUGGGAUAUGGCACGACAGGGCCAGGGGUGGCACAGCACCCCAUGUACCCUCCACAGCCCCCCAAUUUACAGCAGCCUUCAAUAGCCAAUUCUUCACAGCAGCCCCCUCAAGAUCUGCAGCGGCCAGCCCCUUCACACACACCUCAGCAGAUGUACGGGCCACCACCUCAGCAUCCAGCAGCAGGGUAUGGGUAUUAUGGUGGUGGGGCCUAUCCUGAGUAUCCAGAUGGCAGGCAUCCUUAUCAGCAGCCCUAUCCUCCUGGGGAUCCAAGGACUGUUCAGCCAUAUUAUCAGGAGGAUCUGUACAGAAGGUAUGACCCUCGUUACGGUCGCUAUGAAGGGUACAAUCCAGGAUACCGGGAAGGGAACAGGUAUCCGUACCCUGAACAGCCAGAUCGCCCCAGUUCUAGAGCCAGCCAAUACUCUGACAGGCCUUCCUCCAGACAAGGCUAUUCUGAAGACAACUAUCUGAAGGGUGGUCGAAGUGCCUAUGAUGAUUAUUAUGCAGACUACUAUAAAAAGCAAUAUGACUAUGGAGGUAAGGCUACAGAUCGCAGCCAAUGGGACCGUUAUGAUCCAGCUUCCUAUGACGCUCGUUAUAGAGAAUACUAUGACCAGCAGUACUGGUACAACUAUGACCCAGAGGCUUACCGACGAAGAGAGCAGUACUACAGCCAGCAGUAUCCCAGACGGGAAGGAUAUGAUGAUCGCUGGCAGUAUGAUCCUCGCUACGACACCAGCUUUGAUGAUGAGAGUGCUCGCCCGAGAGACCCCUAUGGGGAUGAGUAUGACAGACGCAGUAUCCACAGUGAACACUCAGCCCACAGUGUGCACAGCUCACACAGUCAGCAGAGCCGUCGAAGCAGCUUCAGCUCCCGGUCACAGCAGAGUCAGGUUUACAGAAGCCAGCAGGACCUUGUCACUGCUGGAUAUGAAGCCCUGAGCCAGCCUGCCGCUCCAGCAGAUUACUCCUAUGGACAGUACAUUGACAGUGUAGCAGGCCGUCAAGAAUUCACCGACUAUCAGUACCCAACAGGCUACCCAGAAGAAACAGGAUGGCAAUCUGUUGAACAAGUGCCUCCAAGACCUGUAACUCCUGAGAAGUUUACAGUUCCUCACAUAUGUGCCAGGUUUGGUCCAGGAGGUCAGUUAAUCAAAGUUCUGCCCAACCUGCCUUCAGAAGGCCAGCCUGCUUUGGUGGAAAUACAUAGCAUGGAGACCAUGUUACAGAGCACACAAGAGCAAGAAGAUCUAAGAGCAUUCCCAGGACCUCUUGUCAAGGAGGAAACCCAUAAAGUUGAUGUAAUCAAAUUUUCUCAGAACAAAGCUAUGGAGUGCCUGAGAAACGACAAUCUGCUUGAUAAAGAUUCUGCAAGUCUAAUCUGGGAGUUCAUUGUACUGCUGUGCAGGCAAAAUGGGACUGUCGUUGGAACUGAUAUUGCUGAUCUCCUGCUGCGGGAUCAUAAGUCAGCCUGGCUGCCUGGAAAGUCACCGAACGAAGCGAACCUGAUUGAUUUUAACAAUGAGGCCCUGGACCGAGCUGAGGAGGACCCUGGCUCUGGGCAGCUCUCCCUGCUCUCGGACACUGUCAUGAGUGUUCCUGAAAACGCAGGCAAGGAGACGGAGCGCUUCCGGGAGCUGCUCCUCUUCGGCCGCAAGAAGGAUGCUCUUGAAUCUGCAAUGAAGCAUGGAUUAUGGGGGCAUGCUCUGUUACUUGCCAGUAAAAUGGAUAGCAGGACCCAUGCAAGAGUUAUGACCAGGUUUGCUAACAGCCUCCCUAUUAACGAUCCUCUACAGACGGUAUAUCAGCUGAUGUCUGGAAGAAUGCCUGCCGCAGCCACUUGUUGUGGAGAUGAUAAGUGGGGAGACUGGAGGCCUCAUCUGGCUAUGGUGCUGUCGAAUCUCACUAAUACCUUGGACCUUGAUACUCGAACCAUCUCUACUAUGGGAGACACGCUUGCCUCAAAGGGACUGAUGGAUGCAGCUCAUUUCUGUUAUAUGAUGGCCCAGGUUGGAUUUGGUGUUUAUACCAAGAAGUCAACUAAACUCGUCCUGUUGGGGUCCAAUCACAGCUUGCCGUUCUUUAAGUUUGCCUCGAAUGAAGCCAUCCAGCGAACAGAAGCAUAUGAGUAUGCACAGUCUUUGGGCUCCCAAACCUGUUUACUGCCUAACUUCCAGGUAUUUAAAUUUAUAUAUGCCUGCCGACUAGCUGAGGCGGGGCUUUCUGCUCAGGCAUUUCAUUACUGUGAAGUCAUUUCAAGAACUGUCCUCAAGCGGCCGUCCUACUAUUCACCUGUAUUCAUCAACCAACUCAUUCAGAUGUCUGCAAAAUUGAGAUUCUUUGACCCUCAGUUGAAGGAAAGACCUGAGCAGGAGUUGUUUAUUGAACCAGAUUGGUUAGUUCGACUUCAUCAGCUGGAUGGCCAGAUAAAGGAAGGUGCAAUCUCCUAUAGUUCAGACCGAGCCACACCCCAGCAGUAUGCUUGCAGCACCCCCAGCUCUGAGCUUGAUCAUACCAGCCAGACAGAUGGCAUUGGAUUUCCCCAGGACACGACCUCUAAUACAUCAGAGAUCCCUCUAAUGACAUCGUUGAUGCCAAAUCCAGGUCCACCAGUGCCAGGAGUGCAGCUCAUGCCACCAGCUCCUCAGACUAUCCUUGAUGGAACAAUGCCUCCAGUCCCCUCCCCACAGUAUGCUGCAGAUGUCCCGUUUAACCCAGUGCCACCUCAAAUGCAACCUCCAAUGCAGGGCUCUGCUCAUCCCUCUCAGGGUCCAAUGCAGGGCUUUGCACCUCCAGCCAUGAACCCUGACCCAGGCUUUGGUGCACCUUACCUGCCAGAACAGUCUGUUUCAUACACAGGGACACCCUUGCCACCACAAGGGUCCCUCAAUGAGGCACUGCCGACUGUACCAGAGCAGCAACAAAACCAUCAGCCAGGUCAGUAGGAAAAGAUAUUAGCCUUUG